AAGCAUAGAAAUUAUAAUUUCUCCAGACACCAAAUCCUUCUCCACACGCUACACAAAAGCCACCGAAGCUCAGUUUUUACAUAUAAAAAACGCAGCCAAAACAUCAAAUCCAAAGCUCAAAAAUCUGAAGAAAAAUGGCGGAUUUAGAUACUACAGUAGUGGCAAUGCCUAAGGUGAUAACUUUUCUGUCGUCUCUUCUUCAAAGGGUAUCGGAAUUAAAUGAUAUUAACGACGAGAUUUACCCGCAGAGGAUCUCAGUUUUUCAUGGGUUAACGAGGCCGAAUAUUUCAGUUCAAAGCUAUCUUGAAAGAAUUUUUAAGUAUGCGAAUUGUAGUCCUUCUUGCUUCGUGGUUGCGUAUGUUUAUCUUGAUCGGUUUGCUCAGCGACAGCCGUCUGUUCUUAUUAAUUCUUUCAAUGUUCAUCGGCUGCUUAUUACCAGUGUUUUGGUGUCUGCUAAAUUCAUGGAUGAUAUAUACUACAACAAUGCUUACUAUGCAAAAGUUGGUGGGAUCAGCACAGCAGAAAUGAAUCUUCUUGAACUGGAUUUCUUAUUCGGUUUAGGGUUCCAAUUAAACGUGACACCAAACACUUUUCAUACUUACUGCUCUUAUCUCCAAACAGAGAUGCUCAUGAGUCAAUCUUCUCCUGUUGAAUUACUAGAAUCUCCUCUAAAUUUGGCAGCGUCGUUAAAAAUUCAUUGCUGUUUCAGUGAAGAUGACCAAUCUGCCCAUCAAAAGCAACUUGCUGUUUAGUUUAUUAUUAGGAUUAUUGGUUAAUUUGUGUAUUGAAAAUGGACUGAUUUGAUAGGUUUAUUUAUGAAAUGGUAGUAAUAGUAUUAUUGUAGAAAGUUUGUGAUCAUGUGGGAUUGAGGAUUUUUCACAUGCAUUAUGCUAAAUGUCAUUGUGCUUCAAUUUUCUUUGCUUUUA